UGGAGAGAAGCCGGCACAGAGACUGGGACUGAAAGCGGAGCUGCAGGGAAGCCAAAAGGCUGCCGAUGUGGGCUCACCAGACUGGCAUGAGAUACCUACCCUGGGCUAGAAACAGUGCCGGUGAACUGUGAGCCAGCCCCAGGGUGGAGCAGGGGUGCCCUGCCCUGGGGAAAGUACACUUGCGGUGUCCUCUGGGAGCAGCCAUUAAGGGCAGAGUUGUUCUGCAUCCACCAGGAAGUCAAGAGACCUGUGUGCAGUGCCUCUGGCUCUCUCCUGCGCACCAUGAAAGCACCCGUCAUCCUCUACAUCCUCUUGGCUUUCCUAGACCAAGGCAGCUCUCUCCAGUGUGAAGUUUGUGAUGCGAUAGGGGACAGCUGUUCUGGCUCCAUGCAGACCUGCGAUCCGGGCGAGGAUACCUGUGGUAUUAUGAAAGAUGAAACGAUACUAGGUGGAGAGAAGGUGGUGACUUACGCAAAGGAAUGUCUCAGCUCUGAUGCGUGUCGCGAUCCCUUUCUUAGCAUGGACUUUGGGAAAGGAAUAAGACAAAGAACCAGUAUCGCCUGCUGCACUGGGGAGGCCUGUCGAACUACAUCUGUCCAAUUGCCACCAGUGAACACCACUCUCAAUGGCUUGCAGUGUCCUGCGUGCUUCAGCAUUGGAUCUUCUGACUGUGACACCGAGAUUGCAUAUUGUACCGGGUCCGAGACCUACUGCAUUGAUUUCGCAGGGUCAUUUAGCAGUGGGGAAGGUACUUUGAACACCGGAGUAAAAGGCUGUAUCUCUGUGUCUGAGUGCACACGUCCAGAAGUACUGAUGAAGGCAGGCCAAGACUUCUCCAUGGAUUUCACCCAGUUUGAAUGCAAACCAGCCUCUCCUGCAGCCAGCAAGUCUUCUGGAUGGACCCUUCUAACCAUGCCCUGCUUUCCCAUCAUGGUCGGGUUCAUCUUGAUCAAGACCAUGCCCUGAUGUUCCCAAGGGCCAAGAAAUGCAAGGUCUGAUGAUGCAAAACAUAAUGCUACAUAAUACUCUGCCUCCUCACUUGUGUGUGACUCUUUCUGCUACGGCUUCUGUCCUCGGGUAGUUCUUUCCCUCUGGGUCUGCAUGCAUACUGAUGUGAACGAGAAAACUCACAACAUUUCACCCUACUGUAUUCCCAUUUAUUACAAUCUAGGGUAGAGUUAUUCCAGGAAAAAUCAGAGGUAAAACUUGUGUUCUCUCUUGAACUUGAUAUGCUUAUAUUGGUGUAUGGAAGUCAUGAAGCGAAACCAGCAUUAAUGAGUCAAGUCCAGCUCAGUGUCUUGCAUGUAGUUAAUUUAUCAGGGUUUGUGAUGUAUUCUGUGGCUGUUUAUCCCAGGCUGGGAGGUAGGGACACACUGCUUAAUAGCACUGCACAGCGCAGACAGCAGGAAGAGGAGAUCCUGAGAGAGCUCUAGUUUCAGUCUGCACAAAACAGCCUCAAAAGGAUCCCUUUCAGUUUACUUUACGAGAUGCAGUUGGGUGCUAAAAGGACUGGGAACAAACCCUGUGAGGUUCCUUCUGAAAAAAUGUAUGGAGAAGUACGGCUGAAGAGGACCUCUAGUCCAACCCUGUGGUUUAGGCAGGAUAAGCCUUAUCUAAAAUACCCCAGACAGGUAGGUGCUUGCCUAAUCUGCUCUUGAAAACUUUGCAGGAAGCAGAUCCCACAACCCCUGUAGCAUUAUGUUUCCCAAAGCUUCACCACUCUCCUUUUCAGAAAGUUCUUCCUCCUUGCCAGCCUCAAUUGCCCUUGCUGCAAUUUGAGGCCUUUCUUCCUUGACUAUCCAAGAAAGAACAGUAUAUAGCCAUCUUCCUUAUAGCUAUGAUUCAGGUAUUUGCAAAUGUUAUCAAAUCCCCGCUCAAUCUUUUCUUCUCCAGAUUAAAAUGUCCCGGUUCUUCCAACCUCACCUCAAAAGGAGCUGAGCUCUGCAACUCCCUCCCUUUGAGGCUCAAAAGAGCCAAGCCUGGAGAUCUUUGGGAAGCACUGAAUGACCUUCCUAUUUGGGCAGGCAUUCAGCAAAGAAAGCUAAGCUAAGAUACUGUUUACUACAUCUCUGUUAUACUUUGAUAUACUAGUGGCCCUUUAAGUUGCUGUUGUGCUGGGACAGUAGGGGGCGCUACUAGGCUGAGGUACCUGCCUCAUUGUGCCUGACCAAAACCACGCUUUGAGUCUCCCUUGGGGCGCCUAUGCCUGGCCAACCCCUUUCCUGGAGCACACCCAUAACCCUGGGGUAAUUGCUGCCACGACCUGGGCUCUGGUCUCUGUAAGGGCUCUGCUCAGCUUGAAUUUCUCAGACCCUCUUGACCUUGGGGAUGCUAACCCACCAUGGUAUUUUGGGCUGCUUCUUUUAGCUGGAAGCAUUUUCAAGUAGCCUCCUGUACCAGAGGGAAGUAAAGAGCCAUGCCCAUCUUAUCUAGCCAAGCAAAGGGAGGUAAAAGGCUAGUCUCACCCUCUUGAGCAUUCACAGUGAGGCGUGCUGUAACAGAUGGUUUUCCUGAUGAAAGAAAAAGCGGGUGAGGACGGGGUACAAGACAAAGGAAUAUUGAAAGAAAAACACCCUGAGCAAAUCCGAAUGGGUUUGAAGACCCUUUUGAUAUGCAUCUAGAUUACUUAAUCCUAAAUUACUACCUAAAUUCCAGGUAAAUUACUCACAAGUUUAUCCAGAGACUGAGAGAGAGAGCUCCAUGGGUACAUGCUUGUGUGUGUGUCUGUGUUGCAGAGUGCUAACGUUCAUUCUGUGCAGGGGGCUUCAUUAUUGCCUAUGCUGUGAGUCGCCCAGGUUGUUUUGCAGGCCCUCAAAGUGGUGCAAUGUGUUGAUGCAGAUUAUUGUAUAUGGUGCCAAAUGCUAACUCUACUGUAACUAUUUAAUGUCUCUUAUUCAUAUUUAUU